CUGCGCGUGACACGCCCCUUCUUUCUGCAAGCCAUGUGGCUGUCGACGGAAGCUAAAUAAAGGUCUCUGCAGAUUUCAACUUCCUUUUUAUUCAGUUUUUUUACAUAAACGUUGCGGACUCCUGCACGACAACGGCAGCCAAAAAUGUCGGCAGGCGUCGUGGACAUCCAGGCGCAGGUGGAGUCUGUUCUGGCUGCGCUGGUCAAAGUCGCCUCGGUGGAGUUAACCAAACUGUUCGAGAGCAGAUACCGAGCCUCGGCUCUGGAUGUGCAGCUGGGCCGCACCGAGGACGGAAAGGAAAAUGAAACCGUGGAGAGUUUAUCGAAAGGAAACAGAAAACGCAGCAUCGGCGUGCAAGUGGACGAAGACAUUAAUGCGCAGUUACAGCUUUCUGGUUCCCCACUCCCCUCAGAUGGGGAUUGUAUGAGAGAGUACAGGGAGGAGGAGGGGGAUGAGGAGGAGGAGGAGGAGGAGGAGGAGGAGGGGUGCCUCAUUCCACCAGACAUCCUCCUUACUGAAGAUAAUGGCCGUGAUGACCCCGAGUGGUCGCCCCUGAAGGAACAGGUUGUGGCAGAGACUGUGGAUAUGGCGGGGAUCAGCGUCCUUGAAACGGGGUCCUCAACAGAUAGUGAUCCACAAACUGAAGAUUUGCAUGUCUCUGCAGAUCUAAGACAUGGAUCUUCACAAAGCUCUCCAGCUAAACAGAAGCUUCUUGUGAUCCAGCCAGACACAAGUGACGUUACUUCAGGGGACAAGGUGAAGUUUGUUUGCCCGUUGAUCCUUAAGCCAGAGUCUCCUGCAGCAAAACCUGAAAAUACAGAGAAGCCAGUUCAAGCAGAGCCUCAGCAAGCCUGUGUCAGCACCGCUAAGGGUACUGCCUACAGUCCGUCCCCAUCUGAUGGAGCUGUGACUCCAGCACAGGUUAAGGUUUGGGAAUUGACCCACACGCCAAAAGACAUGAAAAACCAUCUCCAGAUGAAACUGAAGCUGACCUCUCCCGACAAAAAGCUGAUGCGCCCCUGUGCAGUUCAACUGGUGAAUGUGCUCACUGUACCUGAGACGGAGGUUAAAUCUCAGUUUGAUGGUGCUAACAGCAAAAUACCAUGGCCUCUGCCCAAAGAUCUCCGUCGACACCAAGGUCUUCACACUGGCCAUCGCCUCUGCUGCUUCACCUCAUGUGGAAACGGAAUCUGGCGGCUCCAGAAGGUCGUCACCCACUCCCGUGACGGCUACACUUGCAGCGUCUGCACAAAAACGUUCAAACGGCGGAAGAUUCUCCGGCGGCAUGAGCGCUUCCACACAGGUGAAAAACCGUACCCGUGUUCAGUGUGCUCUAAGACGUUCGCACUCAGAAAGAGCCUCCGCCGCCACUUGAGAUUCCAUACGGGGGAGAGACCUCACACCUGCACGCAGUGUGGCAAAAGCUUCCGUCUCCGAGACAAUCUGAAAGCACACCUGAGGUUUCACACAGGAGAGAAGCCUUUCAGCUGCACCACAUGUGGCAAGAUGUUCAGGAUCACAAGAAAUCUGGAGAAACACAAACUCAGCCAGUGUGGGUUCUUUGUCCCUUCAUUCAGAACGAUUGCUGGCAUUUAGCUGUGAAAUAACAGCUCGUGGCUGCUCAUGAUGGUUGCACCAUUUUCUACCUCAGACUCAAAACACUGUAAAGCCGUUUUCACAUAUGAACUCCAGGCAAUGUCUGGAGAAUCAGGUCCGGACAUUGUCUGGAGUUGCCGUGUCAGACAUGUUCUCACUUACUGGAAAAACUCUGUUUGCUUUAGCGAGGGUUGGCGCCUGGAUAGAGCGUGCAGGGGGCACGACACAAAAUGUAAAAGUAAAGUACACUGCAGUUGUAAUUCAGCAUUUUAAGCUUUUCACCAAAAAUAAAACUGCUUUUAUUUUAUGAGACUCACAGGAAGUCUUCACUCCCAUCAGCGCUAGCUUCACAGCAGAACGUUCAGGCCCAGUCAAAACAAUGCAGCUCAUCCGGCCUGCUGUGUUUAUCUGGCAGCAGCCGGAUGAUAGAAAUGUCAUCAAAACACCCACUCGCUCACUCACUCACUCGCUGUGAAUUCUUCGGAACUCUGGUCCAACUGAUUCAGACAUUUGUUGACAUUUGUGUUCACACAUACAGCUCCUCUAGAAUAUGGCUGGAAAAUUUCAGGGUUGCAGUGCAUGUGUGAAAGGGGCUUAUGGCUAUUGUGGAAAACUGUGGUGAAAAGUUAAAGCAAGAACAGAAACAGAAACCACAAUCCUGAGUAAUUCCUGAGACUCUGAGUCAUUCCAGAAAGAUUUUAUUUUAAUAAAAAAUAUGGAGGGUUGCAGUGUGAUGGGUUUUUUUUUUCCAGAAACACAUACUACUGAUGUUUUUUCUUUGUUUCUUAUUCCUCGCCAUAUCUUUGCUUCCUGUGAUUGUGGACCAAUAGUAUUACUGGGACAGAGUGCAAGAGUGUCAACUACUCAACACUUCUUAGCAUUAGACCUUAUGAGAAAAACGCAACAUGUUUGCAAGGAGGUUCUCCCACCUUGCACCAUUAACCAGGUGUAGGUUUUUAUUUCUAUAUUCCUGUUAUUCUUUCUCAACUUUUGUUUUAUAUUCAUGUUACUGUAUAUAUUUGAACUUCUUUCUGUUCCUGUUCUAGAUGUUUAAAUGUAAUUAUGCAGACUUUAUAAGAAAUCUGGUUUAAAUGUUAAAACUUUUAUGAAUGAUUUUAAGGUGAAAGGUUAAACCAAUGUUAUCUCAUAUUCCACUUUUAAAGACAGUUGAAAUAAGACUUUUUUUUAUUCCGCAAUGCAGAUACCGUUUCCUUUUUAAACUUCUGAUGUUAGUUAACUUUUGUCUCAAAAUGUUUUUCUGUUCUCUCUGUAUUAUUAAAAAAAAAAGAUAAUGCA